AUGCCGUUGAUGGGGGACUUUGAUGCCGUGCGCAAAGACAUUGCUUCGAUUUUGAAGCGCAAAGGAUACGACGAUGGAUCCAUUGGACCGGUUCUUGUGCGUCUUGCUUGGCAUGCCAGUGGCACGUACAGCAAGGAAGACGAGACGGGUGGCUCGAACGGAGCUGGUAUGCGUUACGAAGAAGAGGGUGGUGACCCCGCGAAUGCCGGUCUUGAAAAUGCUCGCGCGUUCCUUGAGCCGAUCAAGGAAAAACAUCCUUGGAUCACUUAUGCGGACCUAUGGACCCUUGCUGGUGUUGUGGCUUUGAAGGAAAUGGGUGGUCCAGACGUUGAAUGGAAGCCUGGCCGUACGGACUUUGUCAACACAAAAUACCUGCCACCGCGUGGCCGUCUGCCUGAUGGUGCACAGGGCCAAGAUCAUCUGCGGAACAUUUUCUACCGAAUGGGUUUCAAUGACCAGGAGAUCGUCGCUUUGUCUGGUGCACACAACCUGGGUCGCUGCCACAGAAAUCGCUCCGGCUUCGAUGGUCCAUGGGUCGUGAAUCCUACGCGUUUCGCCAACACGUACUUUAAAAUGCUCCUAAAUCUAAAGUGGGAGCCGCGCAAGUGGGAUGGCCCAUUCCAAUAUGCUGCCUACGCCCCAGGAAUGGACGAGGAUGAUGAGCCGCUUAUGAUGCUUCCGACAGACUACUCGCUGAUCCAGGACGACAAAUUCCGUCCAUGGGUCGAGAAAUAUGCAGCUGACAAGGAUCUGUUCUUUGCUGACUUUGCCAAGGUGUUCGCUAAGCUUAUUGAGCUUGGUGUUUACCGUGACGAAGACGGUAUCGCUCGCUGCGACAAGCGUGAUGCUAAGGGCUCUUACAUUGCUGCUCCCAAGAAGAGCAACUCUACCGGUGCAAAGCCCAACCUGUAG